AUGAUCAGACAGCCUAACAGACCGCUCCCUCUCCAGCUCCUCCGCAGCCCAGCCUUCCAUCGCGGCGUCCAGCGAGUCCACAAGAAAGUCCAUGAAUUACAACAUGGCAAGCCCCCCGAAUACUACGGCGGCACGCAUAUCGAUCCCCAAGAAGCCGCCGAUGGCGGUGCAAAGAACUUCUUCAAACUUUUCUGGGAAGAGUUAAAAACAGGACAUAAGCCAGAACCGCCACCACCGAAGAAAUAG